AAAUUAGUUUUCUCACUUCGUUUCCAUUAACAUGCUCAGAUUUCUUCUUCUUCUCCUCCUCCUCUCCUUUCCAUGGAGAAUCAGUGCUUCAGCUCAGCCUGCCGGGGAGUUUCUUCAAUGUCUUUCCCUUCGUUCUCGCAACUCUUCUUCCAUUGCAAGCCUCGUUUACACACGGCAUAAUUCUUCUUACUCUUCCGUUUUGGAUUCGUCUGCUCAGAACUUCAGGUUCACAACGCCGUCUACUCCUGCACCUCUGGCCAUUAUAACACCACUCCACGCAUCCCACAUCGAGGCAACGGUCUACUGCUGCAGAAAACUCGGACUGCAACUCAGAACUCGAAGCGGCGGUCAUGACUUCGAGGGUCUUUCUUAUACCACGGCUUAUAAAGCUCCGUUUGUCGUGCUCGAUUUGGCGAACCUUCGAUCGGUGGAGGUUGACGUCGAGAAAGCUACGGCGUGGGUUGAAUCCGGUGCGACUGUUGGUGAAUUGUACUAUGAGAUUGCUCGGAGAAGUGCAACUCUUGCCUUUCCGGCUGGAAUUGGUCACACGAUAGGUAUCGGUGGACAUUUGAGUGGGGGAGGCUACGGUAAUAUAUUUCGAAAAUACGGUCUUGCCGCCGAUAACGUUAUCGACGCUCGUUUAAUCGAUGUCAAAGGGCGAAUUCUCGAUAGAAAAUCGAUGGGAGAAGAUUUGUUUUGGGCGAUUCGAGGAGGUGGUGGUGGUAGCUUCGGGAUAGUACUUGCUUGGAAAGUGAAAUUGGUCCCGGUUCCCGCUAAUCUCACUUCGUGUUCGGUCACCAAAAUGUUGGAGCAAAACGCGACCGAACUCGUCCAUCAAUGGCAGUCAGUCGGGCACAUACUUCCUAAAGAAGUACACACGAGCUUCGCCAUAUCACGGGCAAAUUCGAGUGAGGACGGGAAGAUGAUGGUCCAAGCAACCUUCGGUUCGGUAUUUCUCGGAACCACCGACGAGUUUCUUCCAUUGAUGAGCGUGAAGUUCCCCGAACUCGGACUAUCGAAAGAACAUUGCCUGGAAAUGAGUUGGGCUCAAACUACUAUUUAUGCUACCCAAUUCAGAACCGGAUUGCCAUUGGAAUUCCUACUCAAUAGGACACAAGUAUCAUCUCUUUCGAAAUCGUUCUUCAAGGCAAAAUCCGACUUCGUAAAACAACCGAUCCCAGUGUCGGCACUCGAUGGAUUGUGGUCCAAGCUUUACGUGGAAGAAGCGAGAUCGGCGACCAUCGUAUUCGUGGCUUACGGAGGGAUAAUGGAUGAGAUCCCCGAGACCGAAACUCCAUCUCCCCAUCGAGCUGACAACCUCUACACCGUGUUAUACGUAGUGAAUUGGGGAGAAGACGAGAAUGCAAACUCCGAGAAGUACAUGAAUUGGAUGAGGAGACUCUACGAUUACAUGGCUCCAUUCGUUUCGAAAUCUCCACGAGAAGCGUACGUUAAUUACCGAGAUCUUGAUAUCGGGGCUAACAAAAUCGACAACGACGACGACGAGAACAACUACGAAAAAGCCAAGAUCUGGGGUCUCAAAUAUUUCAACAACAAUUUCGACAGAUUGGUGCAGGUGAAGACGAAAGUUGAUCCCGAAAACUUCUUCCGACAUGAGCAAAGCAUCCCUCCUCUUCCAUGAUCAUGUAGAAACAAAUUCUAUAAUAAAUAGUAUUAUAGUUU